AGCCUCCGCGGGGGCAAGUUGGUGGCGAGAGGAGGGUUCAGGGCGACGGUAGCAGCAGCAGCUCUUCUCCGCCGGGGAGCGAUGCGUCGAAGUUGAGAAAAGACCGUAACAAAGGCCAGUAGAAGACCGUGUGGAUUGUAGAUCAACAAGCAUGGAGUUCCCGCAACAGCAGAAACCGGCGGGGGACGGAAAGAUCACCUACCCGCCUGGAGUAAAGGAGAUCACGGAUAAAAUCAGCAACGAUGAGAUGGUCAAGCGACUGAAGAUGGUGGUGAAGACCUACAUGGACAUGGAUCAAGACUCUGAAGAGGAAAAGCAACAGUAUCUCAACCUAGCACUCCAUCUCGCUUCAGAGUUUUUCCUCAGGAACCCAAACAAAGACGUACGGCUACUGGUGGCCUGCUGUCUGGCUGACAUCUUCAGGAUCUAUGCUCCCGAGGCCCCCUACACCUCCCACGACAAACUCAAGGACAUCUUCCUUUUCAUCACCAGACAACUGAAAGGGCUGGAAGACACCAAGAGCCCUCAGUUCAACAGAUACUUCUACCUGCUGGAAAACCUGGCAUGGGUGAAGUCAUACAACAUAUGUUUUGAACUGGAGGACUGCAAUGAGAUCUUCAUCCAGCUUUUUAAAUCACUCUUCACUGUCAUCAAUAACAGCCACAACCAGAAGGUUCAGAUGCACAUGAUGGAUCUGAUGAGUUCUAUCAUCAUGGAGGGAGACGGAGUCACACAGGAGCUGCUGGAUACCAUCCUUAUUAACCUCAUCCCUGCACACAAAAAUUUGAACAAGCAAGCAUACGACCUUGCCAAGACUCUUCUGAAGCGAACUGUCCAGACCAUAGAGACGUGCAUUGCAAAUUUCUUCAAUCAGGUUUUAGUGAUGGGCAAGUCAUCAGUCAGUGACCUAUCAGAGCACGUCUUUGACCUCAUCCAGGAGCUGUUUGCCAUCGACCCAAUGCUGCUUACCUCUGUCAUGCCACAGCUGGAGUUCAAACUUAAGAGCAAUGACGGCGAGGAGCGUCUGGCUGUUGUACGGUUGCUCGCUAAGUUGUUUGGGUCCAAAGACUCGGAGCUGGCUUCACAGAACAGACCACUGUGGCAGUGCUUCCUAGGACGGUUCAAUGACAUCCACGUCCCAGUGAGGCUAGAGUGUGUAAAGUUCGCCAGUCACUGCCUCAUGAACCACCCAGACCUGGCCAAAGACCUAACAGAGUUCUUAAAGGUGCGUUCCCAUGACCCAGAGGAAGCCAUCCGUCAUGAUGUCAUUGUGACAAUCAUCAAUGCCGGAAAGAAAGACCUCAACUUGGUCAACGACCAGCUGUUGGGCUUUGUACGGGAAAGGACUUUGGACAAGAGGUGGCGCGUGCGUAAGGAGGCCAUGAUGGGCCUGGCUCAGCUUUAUAAGAAAUACUGUCUACACCACGAGGCCGGGAAGGAGUGUGCUCAGAAGAUCAGCUGGAUUAAAGACAAGCUGCUGCACAUAUAUUAUCAAAACAGCAUAGAUGACAAGUUAUUAGUUGAGAAGAUCUUUGCCCAGUACAUGGUCCCUCACAGCCUGGACACAGAGGAGAAGAUGAAGUGUCUCUACUACCUGUACGCCUGCCUGGACACAAAUGCUGUCAAGGCUCUGAAUGAGAUGUGGAAGUGUCAGAACAUGCUCCGAGGCCUCGUCAAAGAGCUGCUGGACCUUCACAAGCUGCCAUUGUCCGAGGCCAAUAACACCGCCAUGUUUGGCAAGUUGAUGAGUAUCUCCAAGAACCUGCCGGAUGCCGGAAAGGCUCAGGACUUCAUGAAGAGGUUCAACCAGGUUCUCGGUGAGGACGAGAAGCUCAGAGUGCAGCUGGAGAUGCUCAUCAGCCCGACAUGCUCCUGCAAACAGGCUGAGAUCUGUGUGAGAGAGAUCACUCGUAAGCUGACGUUCCCCAAACAGCCCACCAACCCCUUCCUGGAGAUGGUCAAGUUCCUGCUGGAGCGAAUUGCUCCCGUCCACAUCGACUCUGAGGCCAUCAGUGCUCUGGUGAAGCUGCUCAACAAGUCCACUGAGGGCACAGCUGAUGAUGACGAGGAGGGUGUUACCCCUGACACAGCCAUCCGCUCGGGCCUGGAGCUUCUCAAGGUCCUGUCAUUUACCCACCCCACGGCGUUCCACUCAGCAGAGACCUAUGAGUCUCUGCUACAGUGUUUGAAGAUGGAGGAUGACAAAGUGGCAGAGGCAGCGAUACAGAUUUUCAGAAACACUGGACAAAAGAUCGAGGCGGAGUUACAACAGAUAAAAUCGACGCUGAUUCCCGUCCUGCAUCAGAAAGCAAAGCGUGGAACACCUCACCAGGCCAAGCAGGCGGUCCACUGUAUCCAUGCCAUCUUUAACAACAAGGAAGUGCAGCUGGCACAGAUUUUUGAGCCUCUCUCACGUAGUCUGAACGCAGACGUCCCAGAACAGCUCAUCACUCCCCUCGUGUCACUUGGCCACAUCUCCAUGCUGGCCCCAGAUCAGUUUGCUUCACCGAUGAAGUCCAUUGUGGCUAACUUCAUCGUGAAGGACCUGCUCAUGAAUGACAGAUCGGUGGGAAACAAGAAUGGGAAGCUGUGGACCACUGAUGAGGAAGUCUCACCUGAAGUUCUCGCUAAGGUGCAGGCCAUCAAGCUGCUGGUGCGUUGGUUAUUAGGAAUGAAGAACAACCAAUCCAAGUCGGCAAACUCCACCCUCCGUCUGCUGUCGGCCAUGUUGGUCAGCGAGGGAGACCUCACAGAGCAGAAGAAGAUCAGUAAAUCAGACAUGUCUCGCCUGAGGCUGGCCGCAGGUGGAGCCAUUAUGAAGUUAGCCCAGGAGCUGUGUUACCAUGACAUCAUCACUCCUGAACAGUUUCAGCUCUGCGGCCUUGUAAUCAAUGAUGAGUGCUACCAGGUUCGUCAGAUCUUUGCUCAGAAGCUGCACCUGGCUCUUGUCAAACUGGUGCUUCCCCUCGAGUACUUGGCGGUGUUUGCCCUGUGUGCCAAGGACCCGGUGAAGGAGCGCCGCGCCCACGCCCGACAGUGCCUCCUCAAAAACAUCUCCGUCCGCAGAGAGUUCAUCAAACAAAACCCACUCGCUCAGGAAAAACUCAUCACCCUCCUUCCUGAGUAUGUCGUUCCCUAUAUGAUCCACCUUCUGGCUCACGACCCAGACUUCACAAAACCACAGGAGUAUGAUCAGCUCAAAGACAUCAAAGAAUGCCUGUGGUUCAUGCUGGAAGUGCUGAUGACAAAGAACGAGAACAACAGUCACGCCUUUCUUAGGAAGAUGGUGGAGAACAUCAAACAGACCAAGGAUGCACAGUGUCCUGAGGAUGCAAAGGCCAAUGAGAAGCUGUAUAUCGUCUGUGAUGUCGCUCUCUUCGUCAUCGCCAACAAGAGCACUGCAUGUCACCUGGAUUCUCCAAAGGACCCUGUCUUACCUACAAAGUUCUUCAUCUUACAAGACAAGGACUUCAAAAAUGAUAAAGAGUAUCUGUUGACAGAGAUGAGACAACAGCUGCUCAGUGGGAAGCCUAAACCUGCUCCAGUGUUGGCGACUGUGAACAAACCUCUGACGGUACCAGGGAAGCGGAUCUUAACUAAGGCCACCCCAGUCUCAGACACAGCCAGCAACACCAGCACCAACUCCUCUCCACUGAGCUCCUCAACCAUCCACAAGAACAGCAACGCUGCCAUCGAGUCACCAGAGAGCCGAGUACAGGAAAACAAUGAGAACCCAACGAUUAAGAACAACGACGGGAAGAAGGAGGAGCCGAGUCUAAAUGCAACCCCCGAUGCCGGGACAGAAGCGUCGCCUGUGAAGAGACGUGGUCGUCCACCUAAAACAGCUGCCACUCCUGGAGCUGAAAAGAAGGAAGCAGUGGCACCGACAGGGGGUGGAGCUGGCAGAGGCAGGAAGAGAGCGGCGGACUCCAACCCGUCUGCAGAAUCCGUCAAUAUCAAGAUGUCAAAACAGCAGCAGCAGAACGACGAAGGGACAAAGAGACAGAUUGACUUACAGAGGUAAAGAGAAAACCGGUGAAGGGGAAAUCAAGACUGUAGAGAACGGGCCAUACUCUUCCUCGUAACCUUCCCAGCCCUACGCACAUGCUCCUCUGACUCUUAAAGCUUUCCUGGAUACAUUUAUGGACCUUUCGUAAAAAAAAAACAAACCCACACACAUUAAGUAUACAAACACACACUCUUACACUCACACCACCACCGACAUCCUAGAAGGUUUUAAACACCUUGUAGUCUUGAUUUAAAGUGCACUGUAUCUAGGUGUUACUCAAAAAACAUGUUAUUUUUUUCCCUUUGUGUUUGUUGCUCUUUGCUUCUUUUGUGGAGCCGUUUUUAAAAAAAAUGAGAAAAAAACAAAACAGGAUGGACAUUUUACAAACGUUUUAAUCUGAUUAUGAUUGUUGCUUAUUAAAUUCCCUGGGAAAAAUCCUACUCUGUCUUCUGACCUCUUCCUCGUGUUUUCUGUUGCAUUUCCCCCCCCCCCCCAGCUCACCAAACUUACUUAAAACGGUUUAUUAUAAUUUUUUUUGUAAAUACCUAUGUGCAGCUUUCCAGUUAAAAUUUUUGGAAUAUCCAGUUAAAAAUUGCAGCAAAUGGUUAAAAUAUGGGAACAUUAAUGUAUAAACGGAUGUGCCGGCACCAAAAUUUUAUAAACUUUGGUAUGUUUAGGUUUCUAACUUUGGUAUGUUUAGGUGCUUUAGCUCGGUUAUAGCGUUACGAGGCAAGGUAGAAGCUCUCUGGUUUCUUCCCCCGCCACCUGUAAUUCUGUUGAAAGCCUUUUGAUUAAUUUCCAGUGUGUUCUCGGACUAAUUUGAAUUUUCAGACAUUUCUAGAGACUGUGUUCUAUGCUCUGUUUGCCUCCUCGUCCCCUGGUCCAGGGGUCAUAAACCGAGCUGGUUUUGAAUUACCAUUUUGUUUUUUAACUGCUCAAGUCUUUGGAAUGCAUAAAAGAAAUAUUACUAUACAAGUUUGUGUUCAGGAUUUUGUUCCAUCUUUUACAAUGAAAUAUAUUUUGUACUUCUGUCAGUUUUCCGUUGGGUUAAAGCCUGGUUUUAGGCUUUGAGUGAAACCUCUGUAGGUUGUGUUGAGGACAACUUAUUUUUUAUGUAGUUUAAAGUAUGCCUAUUCUCUUGAUCAUAUUUAAUUUUUUUUUUCCAGAAAAUAAAUGCUUUUAGAUGUUA